GGGCGGGAGGAGCGCAGCGCCGUGCUGGGCUUAAAGCUCCCGGCCCGCGCCCGUGUGGGGUUGCGGUGAGUGGCUGACGGCGCGGGGGCGGUCCUCGUUAAUUCCUCUAAGGAAGUGCGGGUGCUGACGUUGCCCGGCCUUUCUUGUACCUACGGCGCUGAGGAUAGGUGAAAGGGCUUCUCUUGCGCUUGCAAACGGCUCCUUUGCUCCGUGUGGUUGCUGUGGGCAGCAUAACGCGUACCCUCAGAGCUCCCCCGCGGGCUGCUGCUAGUGGGGAGCUCUCACCUCCUCCGCUGUGUCAGUCAAGCGGUGUUUUUAGACAGCCUUCUUCCUUUUUCUGCCUUGAGAACGACGUUAAGACACUGAGCUUGAACUUAAAGGAGAUCUCACGCUCGGCUUGGACAUCUUGAUGGAAGCUGGCCAGCUGUUCUUAUGCAGAACACGAAGAUGGAGUUAAGAAUUGAGCACACGUGGGACGGUUUACCCGUGAGCCAUGACCCAGUAACAAUUGCACUGAAGUCGUAUGAUGCAGGACUGCUAAUGCAAGUUAGUGCUCCCUUCUUCAAUGAUCCUCCAGCACCGCUUGGAGAGCCAGGGAAACCCUUUAGAAAGCUGUGGGACUACGAAGUUGUAGAAGCAUUUUUCUUGAGUGACAGGAGUGAGCAGUAUCUAGAAGUUGAACUUUGUCCUCACGGACAACACUUACUGUUGCUGCUUUCUGGCAAAAGAAGAGUGUGGAAAGAAGAACUGCCCUUAGAAUUUGAUGUGACCAGAACAGAAACCAAAUGGGAAGGUACAGCUCAUCUUCCUUGGAAUUAUUUUCCGCCGGGCACUAGCAAGUUCAAUGCAUAUGCAAUCUAUGGCUCAGGAGAACACAGAAAAUAUGAAGCACUUUAUCCUGUGCCUCGCCACAAGCUUCAGGAAGGACAGAAACCAGAUUUUCAUCGCCUGGAAUUUUUCCAAGAAUUGAACCUGAAAGAACUAAUGGGAGAAGACUGGAAGCAGCCUGAAUCGCAUCUAUGGAAGUCUCACACUGAAUAGCGAACUGGAUUGAGGCUUAUGUUUUUGAUAGCAUUAAGUUUGGAUGCAAGUGUAUGAGAACAAGUUAUGUUGGGCAGAAAUUGUAGGAAUGGAAUGUUGUUUCUGCAUUAGAACUAACAAGAUAAAUAUUUUGCUAAUAGUUCUUUUCAGGGGGGGGUCUUUUUUACUUCAUCAGGGGUCUCUGAUAGUCUUUGCAUGCUCAGCAGAUAGGUGAAGUAAUUUAUAGUCACAGAGAUUAGGUAGAUGGAGUAAAUUGCAGGUACAAAGACUGCAGCUCUAGUCUGCCCAACCAAUUUUUUUGAAAGACUGUUUUUAAACUGCAUUGUAUGUUUGUUAAAGCAAGGAAAAUUGCACCUCCUCAGUUGGUGACACACAGGUUAUGAUGCUCACCUUUCAUUCUAAUGGCAGACUACUUGGUACAGGACUUUGUGACUGAUUUAAAAUCUACAUAGUAGAAGUUCUAGAUGAAUCUUCUGACACAAACAAGCUGGCAUACUUUGUACAGGCUGUAAAACCAUAAGUUGGAUAAACUGAGACAAAUCUACCCUUGGAGAAGCUUAAGGUGGAGCUUCAGUUCACUUACUGUUGAUGAAUUAUAAUCAGAUUUUGGCACUGACAAUUACCCAUUUUUAAAGAAGAAUUAUCUGUAAUAUUAUAAAUCAUAUUAAACCAUGUAUGAAUUGUAUUAAAAAACCAUGAUGUCUCCAUAUUACUUUUUUUCACAAACUCAUUUACGUAAGUAAGCUUCCUUUCAAAAGCAAGUGACCAGGAGCCACUCAUGUAAUACUUUUUCAUAUGGCUGUAUUCAUAAAAAGUUCUGAACCAAAA